CUGCAAAAAACACAAUUUUCAUCCAUUUUUAUCGUCAUGGAUUACAGUGAGACUACAUACAAACUAAACCAAUGCUGUUCUGAUGAAGAAACGGGGGCGUUUCCUUUAAAAAAUCCACAACACAACCUUCCCUUAUUUCCAUGGUCCGCCCCCCUCUCCUUUACUUUGGCUCAGUUUUAAAAGCUUUUCCCUGACAGCAGCUGGAUCAGUAAACAGUCAGAUUGAAGCUAGAUUGCGUCUUUACCUGCAGAAGACAGGUCUCACCGCUGCAUCAUGCUAAGGUUCUGGUCUGUCGCGUGCUGGCUUGGUGCUGCAGGUUUGUCUCUCAGAGUGAAUCCUGUGGAGCUUGAAGGAAAUCAUGCAGAAAAUUAUGACAAUGACAUCUAUGAGGACCAGCAGGAAAGGGAGCCUCCUUCCACGCCAUGCCAUGCAGACUUGUCCCGCUGGGAUAAGCUUUUCAUUGCUCUGGAGAACUCCCACAUGAGGCAGAACAUGCUGCUGGAAGCAGUGCAGCUUUGCGGUGGAGGCGUGGCCUCUCUCAGCAACCAGGCGGACAGGCUGGCCAAGGGGGCGUGCCAGCUCUGUGCACCCAGUCUGGAGUCAGCCUGCAGGGAGCAGGCGGCGAAAGUGAGCACCACCCUGCAUCACGGUCUGAUGGAGCUCCGAAGAGAGGAGGCUAAGAGGGAGAAGAGGAUGAACGCCACCUUGCAGAUGAUCCUCGGCAGAUGUGAGGAAAACGCCAAACCACGGGACCUUCAGGAGGCAGAGAGCAUGAUGGGAAACCCAGUGACACAGAGACCUGGAAGUUUGGGAGUGGCAUUCAGUUCAGGUGUGAAGCCUUUUCUAUCUGCCCACAAGGAGCAGGAGGUGACGUCCACAUCGGGCAUGGCCUUGAUGGAAAAGGCUUUGGUUGCUAUAGUAACGGAGCUGCAGAAGGUUCACCUGCAGCUGAGCAGAGUAAUACAGCAAGCAGAAACCCUGAGGAAGGACAGAGUGUGAUCUUUUUUUUUUACUGAUUGACUGCAGCUUUGCACACAGCUUUAAUAUAUUUUUGUAUCAUUGCUUUUUUUAAAAUACAAACCCUGUGUGUAAUAAAAGGAUAAAAGAUUAAAAUGGAGCUUUUCAUUUAUUUAUCACAAACAUAUAAAUAACAACGUUGACGACAUCCGCAGCAGGUUUGUUUGUUACCUCCUCCUGAUAAGUGUGUUUGUGUUGUUGUG